GGGCCAUCAAAUGACUGGGGCUUUCCGUAAAUUUUCAUAACUCCACAGACAGCAUUUCCUUCACAAGUGCAUCGUAGAGCAACGACAAUCGGACGUAUUUAUUUUAAGCCAUAUUUUAUUUUCGCUGUGAGGGAUUACAAACAAAUAAAUCACAUUAGGAGUUACGGCGGACGAGGAGAGAUCCUCUCAGACAUGAUGGAGAUUGAACUGCCUAAAAUGCACCCAAGCCAACAGGAUAUGGAGCUGAUAGAUAUCCUGUGGAGGCAGGACGUGGACCUGGGUGCGGGGAGGGAAGUGUUUGAUUUCAGCUACAGACAGAAGGAGGUGGAGUUGCGUCGACAGCGUGAGCAGGAGGAGGAGAAGCGGCAGCAGCAUUUGCGGGAGCAGGAGAAAGCUUUACUCGCACAACUCCAGCUGGACGAGGAGACUGGAGAGUUUGUGCCUCGAAGCCUUCCGGCCAGCGGCACGCUAACGCAAACCAACACAACAAAUGGAGAAAUUGCACAGAAUGGGGCUUUCGCAGCGCAAGAAGGUGAUGCCCUGUCAUUCGAUGAAUGCAUGCAGCUCCUGGCUGAGACUUUUCCACUAGAUGAGCCAGCUGAGUCAGCUCCGCCUUGCCUGGAUGUUUCCGUUCCACCUACCACAGAUCUUAUGAUGCCUGCAGACACCCCAGCCUUCACCCAGAAUCCUUUGCUGCCAGGCUCUCUGGAUCAAGCCUGGAUGGAGUUGCUCUCACUCCCAGAGUUGCAGUGCCUCAACAUGCAGAUGCAAGAGACAUUGAAUAUGGAUGGAUUUAUGAAACCUUCCGGAGAAGCACAGAACCCAAGCUACAGUCAAUAUCUGCCUGGGAUGGACCAUCUCUCGUCCGUCCAGACCGAGGUGUGUCCUCCUGAAUACAUCAACACCUAUGACGGAUCCUUCAAUAAUAUGGUGUCACCCAACCUCAGCCAGAUGAGUCUGAACGUCCCAGAUGUGGGAGCCGAGUUCCGACCUGAAGAAUUUAAUGAGCUGUUUUAUCCUGAGAUGGAGGCAAAAGUGAACAGUGGCCCUCUCACAUCUGACGGAGGAAAUAUGGUCAGCCAACUGGCCGAGACUGCCAGCGAUUCUCCUGUAAACCCCAUGGAUCUGCAAAGCUUCUCACCUGGAAACCUCAGCUCAGGAAAACCAGAACCCAUUGUGGAAUUCCCAGAUUCUGAUUCUGGCUUGUCGCUGGACUCCAGUCCUCACAUGAGCUCCCCGGGGAAGUCCUUGAACGAAGAUGGAUCAUUCGGUUUUAGCGACUCCGACUCGGAAGAGAUGGACGGUAGUCCGGGAGGCACGGAGUCCGAUUAUACCGAGAUAUUCCCGCUGGUUUACCUUAAUGACGGAGCUCAGACAUCUCUCUCAGAUAAAUCCCCCGCAGAGCAGCAGGAGAUGAAAGCAAAGAACCCAAAGACAGAGCCGGUGGAGGCCAGUGGCUACUCCAAACCUCCCUUCACCAAAGACAAGCAGAAGAAACGCUCCGAGGCCCGGCUCUCCCGUGAUGAACAGAGAGCAAAAGCCUUGCAGAUCCCGUUUACCGUGGACAUGAUCAUCAAUCUGCCUGUGGAUGACUUCAAUGAGAUGAUGUCCAAACACCAGCUCAACGAGGCCCAACUCGCCCUCGUCAGAGACAUCCGCCGUCGGGGCAAGAACAAGGUCGCUGCGCAGAACUGCCGCAAGCGGAAGUUGGAGAACAUCGUGGGCCUAGAGUACGAGCUGGACUCGCUGAGGGAGGAGAAGGAGCGUCUGAAGAAGGAGAAGAGCGAACGUAGCACCAGUCUGAGAGAGAUGAAACAGCAGUUGAGUACCCUGUACCAAGAAGUCUUCGGUAUGCUUCGAGACGAACACGGCAAGCCCUUCUCACCCAACGAAUACUCCCUUCAGCACACUGCGGACGGCACCGUUUUUCUCGUUCCUCGCCUUAAAAAGACUCUUGUUAAGAAUAACUAGCUCUGUUCCUUCUUCUCUCUCCUUGCUUCUGUUUUUUGGUACUGCUUUUCUCUUGCUAACACCAUGUCCUAACCAGGCACGACGCAAUAAAGCGACAAAGGCUCUGCCACGUCAGUGUCCUAACCAUCCACAGGACAGUUUGUCUGUCAAAUGGCUUCUAUUUGUGCAGCAUUGUGGAGGGUAGCUCUGCCCACAAUGAAAUCUCAUUGGUCCAAAAUGUUUGCUGCACAUUAAACAUCAACUAUGUUCUGAUUUGGUUCAGUUAAGUUGCAUGUAGUGUCGAGAACAUCGUCACUUAUUACGCAACUGGUUAGGACGCGGUGUAAGUUUUACGCAAAAGAAACAAUUAAAUAGGAGCGUAUUUUGCUUAUACAUCAACUGUUGAAAUGGCAGAACUAUUAUAUACGUUUUGCGUAUUCUACUUUCCUAAUAUUCUUAAUCUCUGUUGGAUUUUGUACUCCUUUAUAUUUUCUCUGAGAUUCUUUGACCUAUAUGGUUUGUAAAUACAUUUAUACUUUAUUUGCUAUUGAGAUAGGAACAAAUGUACUGUAUAUAAAUAGAUCACCUUUUAGUAUGCUAAAAAUGGUUGUGAUCAUUUUAAGUCUGCACUUAUGUCAGUUUUUAUAUCUUAAUUUACUAUUCUAUUGCUAUUUUAUCUCUUGACUUUAUGGCUUUAUAUUAAAUAAAUAUUUAAAGCAGUAAA